AUGGCUGGGAUAUACAGCUCGACUCUGAAGACCCUGGAGGAUUUAACUUUGGACUCUGGUUAUGGGGCAGGGGAUUCCUGCAGGUCCCUUAGUCUCUCUUCUUCCAAGUCCAACUCCCAAGCCUUCACCUCUUCUCAACACAGAGGCAACUGGUGGUACUACUCGGGCUCCAUGAACAGUAGGAAUAACAGCUGGGAUACCGUGAACACUGUUCUGCCGGAAGACCCCGAGGUUGCAGAUAUCUUUUCCAAGUGUCCUAAGCUGCCGGAUCUAGAGGAAUACCCUUGGACUGAUGAAGACAUUGGCAAAAUACUCCGAAAAGGGAAGGGAGAUGGCAAUACCAGAACCUUUUCUCAGGAAGCUGUCAGGCGGCUCUCGCAGUUACUGAGGCGCGCCUUGAUCAGGGUCUCCAGGGAAGCUCAGCGGCUCAGCGUGAUGCACUCCAAGUGCACCAGGUUCGAGGUGCAGAGCGCUAUCAAGCUCAUCCAGAGCUGGUCGUUGUCGGAAAGCUGUGUCUUGGCAACUGUCAAGGCACUCUCUCUGUACAGCAUGAGUGCUGGAGACGGACUGAGGAAAGGUAAAUCGGCUAGAUGCGGCCUCACUUUUUCGGUGGGGAGGUUUUUCAGGUGGAUGGUGGACACUAGGAUCUCGGUUAGGAUCCAUGAAUAUGCAGCCAUCUCUUUAACCGCUUGCAUGGAAAACCUUGUAGAAGAGAUUAAGGCUAGGGUUUUGGCAAGUCAGAGCCUGGAUGGCGGAGGAGGGGAGAUCUCGGCUGAAAUUCUGGAGAUGGUUAUCAAUAAUGAUGCUGAACUUUGGGGAGUGUUGCAACCUUACGAGCAUCUCAUCUGUGGGAAAAAUGCUAAUGGUGUGCUGUCUCUGCCUGCCUACUUUAGCCCCUACAACGAUGGCUCUGUGUGCAGCGAUGGACGGGCUGAUGCUUACGCCCAGCUGGAACUCCGGACUUUAGAGCAGUCUCUGCUGGCAACUUGCGUUGGAAGCAUCUCUGAACUGAGUGAUCUGGUGUCACGAGCAAUGCACCACAUGCAGUGCUUGAACACCAUCCGCCCAGGAAUGAGCCCCAUUCGGCAAACCCGGCAGCAGCAACCCAUCUCCUGGUCCCCUGACGCUCUCCACACCCUCUACUACUUCCUACGCUGUCCUCAGAUGGAGUCCAUGGAGAAUCCCAACCUUGACCCUCCAAGAAUGACCCUGAACAACGAACGACCCUUCAUGCUUCUGCCGCCGCUGAUGGAGUGGAUGAGAGUGGCCAUCACCUACGCCGAGCACCGGCGCAGUCUGACCGUGGACAGCGACGACAUCAGGCAGACAGCCAGACUGCUCUUACCCGGGCUGGACUGCGAGCCUCGGCAGCUGAAACCUGAAUGCUGCUUUAGUUCCUUCCGGAGACUGGAUGCUAAGGCUGCUACUGAAAAAUUCCAGCAGGAUCUGGGUUUCCGAAUGCUAAACUGUGGAAGGACAGAUCUGAUCAACCAAGCGAUCGAUGCCCUGGGGCCUGAGGGGGUUAACACCAUGGACGACCAGGGUAUGACCCCGCUAAUGUACGCCUGUGCUGCUGGAGAUGAAGCCAUGGUCCAAAUGCUUAUAGAUGCUGGAGCAAAUUUAGAUAUACCAGUUCCCAGCACCUCUCCGCGAUACCCUUCAGUCCAUCCCGACAGCCGGCACUGGACUGCUCUGACCUUUGCUGUGUUGCACGGGCACAUCUCGGUUGUUCAGCUGCUCUUGGAUGCUGGUGCCCAUGUUGAGGGCUCUGCUGUCAACAGUGGAGAAGACAACUACGCUGAGACUCCGCUGCAGCUGGCUUCAGCAGCAGGGAACUACGAGUUGGUCAGCUUAUUGCUAAGCAGGGGUGCUGAUCCACUCCUGAGUAUGCUGGAAGUCAAUGGAAUGUCUUCAUCGCUUCACGAAGAUAUGAAUUGCUUCAGUCACUCCGCUGCGCAUGGGCACAGGAAUGUCCUGCGCAAGCUCCUGACCCAGCCCCAGCAGCUGAAGGGAGACGUCCUCUCGCUGGAGGAGAUUUUAGCCGAGGGAGUGGAGAGUGACACCUCCAGCCAGGGCAGCUCCAGCGAGGGGCAAGUCCGCCUCUGUAAAACACGAAUGAAGGCUCUGCAGGAGGCCAUGUAUUACAGCGCCGAGCACGGCUACGUCGACAUCACCAUGGAGCUCAGGGCACUUGGAGUCCCGUGGAAGCUCCAUGUGUGGAUCGAGUCGCUACGGACAACCUUCUACCAGUCUCGUUACUCAGUCGUGCAGACCCUCUUACGGGAAUUCGUCACCAUUAAGGAAGAGGACUAUAACGAAGAACUGGUUAAUGAAGGCUUGCAGCUCAUGUUUGAGGUCCUCAAAACCAGCAAAAACGAUUCCAUCAAUCAGCAGCUUGCCUCCAUCUUCACCCACUGCUACGGCAGCAGUCCGAUACCCAGCAUUCCUGAAAUCCGAAAGACACUGCCCGCUCGGCUAGAUCCUCACUUUCUAAACAAUAAAGAAAUGUCUGACGUAACUUUCUUAGUAGAAGGAAAGCUGUUUUAUGCACACAAAGUCCUGCUGGUCACAGCAUCUAACAGGUUUAAGACGCUGAUGACCAAUAAAACAGAACACGACAGCCACGGCAGCAAGACUGUGGAAAUCAGCGAUAUGAAAUACAAUAUUUUCAAGAUGCUGAUGCAGUAUUUAUACUACGGAGGAACAGAAUCUAUGGAAAUUCCCACCACUGAUAUCUUAGAGCUGUUGUCCGCUGCCAGCCUGUUUCAACUGGACGGCCUCCAGCGACACUGUGAGAUCCUCUGUGCCCAGACGAUCAGCGUGGAGAACUCUGUUCACAUCUAUAAAUACGCAAAGAUUCACAACGCACCUGAACUGGCGUCUUUUUGUGAAGGCUUCUUCCUCAAACACAUGAGCUCUCUCCUGGAGCAGGACUCGUUCAGACAGCUGAUCUACAGCAGGAACAGCAAAGUGCAAGGCCUGGACCCUCUGCGGGACUUGCAGACAGCCCUGGCCGGCCGCCUGCACUCUGUCUACGUCACCUCCAGGGUGUGA